CAACACUGCGAGACGAAAUCCAUUGUACAGAGUUGUUUCAGCUGGUGUUGUUUCUUCAACCUCGCGGCUCUUCAUUCUCUCCCAGUUGACUCUCAAUCCUCCUUCCAUUUCUCAGUCAAACGAUCUGUAUUUUUCUAUUUCUUGAUUUCGUCAGACUAUUGACGGAGAAGAAGAUUGAUUAUUAAGGCAAAAUAUCGUGGAAAUGGAUUCCAUCACUACCUCCACCACUCGAUCAUACACAACGCCGGAGAUACGAUUCGAUUAUCCCUAGGGUUUUUCAAUUUUUCCUACCAAGGAAGGCUUACCAUCUUCGUCGUAGUCGGGACUCAACAUCUUAUUAUGAACUCGACCGGUAGAGAUAGAAGAAACAAUGAAAUGGAGAGAGCAACGUGGUUGUUCUCAGCAUUUUUGCCUUCUCUGCUCUUAAUUUUGGCCAUGGGCGUCGUUUCACGGGUCUCUGCUAACAAUGAAGGUGAUGCCCUGAAUACCUUCAAGAUGAGUUUGGUCGAUCCCAACGAUGUCCUGCAAAGUUGGGAUCCCAUCCUUAUGACUCCUUGCACAUGGUUUCAUGUUACAUGUAAUGAAAAAGAAAGUGUUAUACGAAUUGAUCUUGGGGAUGCGAAUCUCUCUGGAAAACUGGUUCCACAGCUUGAUCAACUCACAAGCUUGCAGUACUUGGAACUUUACAACAAUAACAUCAGUGGAUCAAUUCCAGAACGAUUUGGAAAUUUGAAAAACCUGGAGAGCUUGGAUCUUUAUUCUAACAGUUUAAGCGGUCCCAUACCUGACUCUCUGGGCAAGCUUACAAAACUAAGUGCUUUGCGUCUGAACAACAACAGUUUGUCGGGAGCCAUUCCAAUGUCUUUAACCAAUGUUCCACUAAAAAUCCUGGAUCUUUCAAAUAACCAUCUAUCAGGAGACAUUCCUGUCAAUGGUUCGUUUGCUAUUUUUACACCAAUCAGUUUUGCUAAUAAUCCUCUUCAUAUUCCUCUAUCUAUUCCAUCUCCCCCAAUUACUGAAGCACCACAAACAACUUCAGGUGAUGGUGCCAAUGGAGUCAUUGCUGGAAUAGUUGCUGCUGCUGCUGCUUUGCUGAUUAUUGUGCUUGCUAUUGCAUUUACUCUUUUGCGACGGAAAAAGUCACAAGAUCAUUUUCUUGAUGUACCGGCUGAAGAAGAUCCAGAACUUAACCUGGGGCAGCUCAAAAAAUAUUCCCUACGCGAGCUGCAAGUUGCCACUGAUUAUUUUAGCCCCAAGAACCUUUUGGGCAAAGGUGGAUUUGGAAAGGUUUAUAAAGGUCGUUUGGCUGAUGGUUCUCUUGUGGCUGUAAAACGGCUGAAGGAGGAGCGUGCUGAGGGUGGGGAGUUCCAAUUUCAGACUGAAAUAGAGAUGAUCAGCAUGGCUGUCCAUUGUAAUCUACUUCGUCUAAAUGGGUUUUGCAUGUCACCAACUGAACGAUUGCUUGUAUAUCCCUUUAUGGCUAAUGGAAGCCUGGCAUCAUGUUUAAGAGAGCGUAAGCAAUGCCAGCCACCACUCAACUGGGCAAUACGUAAACGAGUUGCUUUGGGAGCUGCAAGGGGACUUGAAUAUUUACAUAUUCAUUGUGAUCCUAAAAUUAUUCACCGUGAUGUGAAAGCUGCAAAUAUAUUAUUAGAUGAGGAAUUUGAGGCUGUUGUUGGAGAUUUUGGAUUGGCUAAAGUCAUGAACUACAAGGAUACUCAUGUCACAACUGCUGUUCGUGGAACAAUUGGGCAUAUAGCACCAGAGUACCUCUCGUCUGGAAGGUCUUCUGAGAAAACUGACGUUUUUGGUUAUGGAGUAAUGCUUCUUGAACUUGUUACUGGACAGAAAGCCUUUGAUCUUGCUCGGCUAGCAAAAGAUGACGACGUCAUGCUGCUUGAUUGGGUAAAAGGACUUCUGAAUGAUAAGAAACUGGAAAUGUUGGUUGAUUCCGAUCUCGAGGGCAAUUACGUAGAGGAAGAAGUGGAGCAGCUAAUUCAAGUCGCGCUACUUUGCACACAGAGCUCCCCUGUGGAGCGACCUAACAUGUCGGAGGUAAUAAAAAUGCUGGAAGGCGAUGGUUUGGCUGAAAGAUGGGAGGAGUGGCAAAAAGAAGAGAGCUCACGCCAAAGCUUCAACAAUAUGGUCCAUUCCUACCACCACACUACAACUCCUCAGGUUAUUGAUUCCUUCUCCCAAAUUCCUCCUGAUGUGUUGUCUGGUCCAAGAUAAUUGCUUUCUGAAAUUUAUUGUGCAUUUAGGUUGUUUUGUUUUUUUGUUUCUUAGGAGUUGAAAAUGAAGUAGUUUCUCCGAUGGUUUUUUUUUUUUUUUAAUAAUUGGGAGUGAGAGUCGGAGCUUUGCUUUCCUACAUUCAGGGGACCGUCCCAAGAGAUUCUGGUUGUGAUUAUGCAUAAAGAGAUAUGAAACACUAAAUUUGGGCCA